UUGGCUUUGCCACAUCAUUCUCCUUUCUGUUGCAUUUGCUACACUCAUGGUGGCGACCAACACUCCUUUGCGCUGGGGCAUUCUCGGUUGCGGGCGCAUCUCCCACACGUUCGCCAGCAAUGCAAAGCCACUGAAAACUGCCAUUUUCCACGCUUGUGCAGCACGUUCGCUGGAUAAAGCGCAAGAAUUUGCCAUCAAGCACGAUAUUCCUCAUGCGUACGACUCGUACGACGCACUUUGCUCCAGCCCAGAGGUAGAUGUCGUGUACAUCGGCACGAUCCACCCGACGCAUUGCGAGCUCGCGCAGUUGGCUCUAAGCCACGGCAAGCACGUGCUGGUAGAGAAACCCAUGGCCAUGAACGCGAAAGAGGCCGAAGCGGUCGUCGCACUAGCGAAGCAGAAGCAUCUCUUCUUCAUGGAAGGCAUGUGGGCGAGAUUCUUCCCUGCAAUUCGCUAUGUGCGCCAAAUUAUCGACGAAGGCGGCAUUGGCGACGUGCAUCAUGUACACUCAGCCUUCGGAGUGCCGUUCAAAGCUGACAACGACCGCAUCUGGAAGAAGGAACUGGGCGGUGGUGGUCUGCUGGAUAUCGGUAUCUACGUGUUGGCAACUGCCACGAUGGUGUUCGGAUUCGAGCCGGAGAAGAUCACAUCGGCCGGAAAACUUAACGAGCAAGGGGUGGAUGUAUACAACUCCAUCACACUUGAGUACAGUGGCCAGCGCUUCGCCACGCUGGAGUACUCGACACUCGCGAGGAUCAGUGAGACUGUGACGAUCAGUGGCACCAAAGGACGGAUCUUCAUCCACCCGCCAGCGCACGCGACUAUGGAGAUCUCGGUCGUCACGUACGAGAGCGGCAAGAAAACGUCACGUUUUCCUUGGCCGACGCCGAGUGACCACCACUCGGGCUUCUUGUACGAGGCAGAGGCUGUCACGGAGGCCAUCCGAAGCAACCACAUUGAGUGCAGCGAGUAUUCCCACGCUGAGUCGCUUGGUAUCAUGAAGAUCAUGGACAAAAUCCGCAACGAUCUCCGACUUGUUUACCCAAAUGACGAGCCGUAGGAAUGGACAGCUCUGGUGCAGUAAGCCCACGUUGAUUACUCGUAAUCUGCAUCAACAUGGACAAUGCCGUUGCUUGAAUACAAGCGAAGGCUUUGCAAAGCUUUACGCGGUGCACUGCGCAGCGGCGAAGACAUUGCCAACAACCCACGAGCGCGUCCUAUGAACCUCAGCAUUUCCAUCAACACGUCGAUAGCCACGUAUGCGCAAACACCUAUCGAAGUUGAUGCCUCCCAACGAAUCGACUUUAACAAGAUACAAAGAAUCUCAAUCUCCGACAUCUUAAAAAUACUAUUUCAAACCUCUCUCUUAUUGAAAAGUCCUUAUUCCAUC